AUGGAAUGGCCACAGCUGACACUUGAAGACAAUCAACUGAAUCUGCUCCAGGGCCCGGUUGAACUCACUUCCUCGCCAGAUUCUACAGCAAAUGACGAAGUCUGGAUGUCACACCAGAGUCGCAAACGAUUACCGCCACACCAGGGCAUUGUUCAGAGAAGACGUCGGCGGAGACAAUGUCUCUUCCGCAAAUUUUUUGAAUACACUGAUGGGAACGAGGCACAGGUUUAUAUUCUAAUUGACAUUCACGGCCAAUACUUUAUCUUGAACACUGAUUCAAGUGUUCGCAAGACAUAUAAAGAUUAUCAAGUAUCAUCUAAAAAGAGGCGCGGACGGAGAGAGACUCUCUUCAGAAAGAGUGUGGAGUACAGUGAUAAAUGCAGUGCUGAUGUCUAUGUCAUCAUUUACGUGAACAAUCGAUACAUCACCCUAUACACAAAUGAAAUCCGCCACCAUCGGUGGAGCAAACUGUACGACUCUUGGAUCCAGCUUAAGUGCUUCUACUGA